AUGGCCGGUGAGAAGAAAACUACAUUGAGAGGAUGCAUCAAGAAGAGCAAGGGGCCAUGGAUAGUUCAUAGAGCCACCAAAGAUGGUGGAAUAGUCACUAGGUAUCGGUUUCCGACCGAAAACGAGCGCCAAAAGAAUAAGCAAAGGGAGCGAAGGCGGCGAGCGGUGGCUCAGAACAUCUUUGCAGGGCUCAAGGAGCAUGGGAAUUACAAGCUUCCUAAGCAUGCCGAUGCCAAUGAUCUGUUGAAAGCUCUUUGUCAGGAGGCUGGUUGGCAUGUAGAGGAGGAUGGAACCAUUUACAGGAAGAAAACAGUGUCAUCAACAAUGGCAGCCUCGGUUGAAAAUGGUGAAGCAAAAGAUCAAGAUUAUUGUACAUGCAACGAUCAUGGGAAUGUUCUUCCAGCAUCAGGAACCUUCUUGUCUGUAGGGCAGUCCCAAGAAUGCAGUGGUAUCAACUUGGUGCUUUCCCUCUCAGUUUCAAAUUCCUUGACCCGCAAUGUUUCCUGA